AUGCAACUCCCCUCCAUCCUACUCUUCGCCGCCACCGCCGCCGCCCUCGCCCUCCCGGAACCCAUCCCCAAACCCAACCCGGAGUCCUGCGACGAGACGUGCCCGAACCCCUGCCGGCAGGCCAACCGCAACACCUACUGCACGGGGGCCAAGAAGUCCGUCACCGGCGGGCCCCUGCCGGCGGCGUACAAGAACCAGUGGAACUGUCCCGCGGGCAGCAGCAACCCGCCCAGGUCGUAUAUCCAGAUGACCCAGAAUGGGGGUGCUGAGGGAGGUGUUACUGUUUUCUGCACUAUUUAG